AUGGUUCGAGGAGUGAGCAGCUAUGAAUCGUGCCGACUCUUGCCACCGCAUCAGACGGUGCACCGCCUCAUCAGGCCCUACUGCAGCGGACAGCCUUUGAAGCUACAGCUGGCCGACACCGACGAGCUGUGUGUUGUAAGUGACGCUGCCUUCUUCCCCAUGGACAUUGCCUCCCACCCCUUUUGCAACCCCGGGUCCUCUACCUCUCCCUCCCUCCCUCCCUCCCUCUCCGACAACCCAGCGAGACCGUCCACCGCCAACAUGCUGUGCUUUCACCCGAUCGCCUCCCUCUUGGUGUUCACCUCGGCUGUACUGGCCGUGGUCACACUGGUGCCCCACGUUCCAUGGUUCGAGAUUGUGGACAACAACAACCAUGACAACGUGCGCUUUGAAGCCAGUCUCUUUGAGAUUUGCGAUGGCAGCAAUAACUGCGAGUAUCAAGACUUCCCCUUUAAUGAUGGUGACAUCAACCAAGCUGAAGGUCUGCGCAUUGCCGCCAUCAGUGGCCUUGUCGUGGCCUCACUUUUUGGCGUGAUCUCCAGCAUUACAUAUUUGUGCUGCGUGCCGGGCUGCGGUUCAACCUCCAACAUGCUCAACUUUGUUGGCCUGCUGCUGGCCGACAUCUCCCUCGCCAUCCUCUUUGCCGACUAUGACGAGAACCCCGAGGAUGUGACCGACCAGUACUUUGCCGCGCCCAACGAUGAAGCCGAGCUGGAAACAGGCUUCUACCUCAUCAUUGCUGGUGCCGUGCUAUCAUUCUUGGCCAUGUGCAUCGGCUGCGGCGGCUUUUUCCAUCACCGCAAGAACACUGCCGUCUAA